AUGGUGCCUAAGCGUAUGAAACUCGCACAUCCAGCCCCUGAAGGCCUCUCGCCAGCAAGAAUCGCCCUCAUCGAAAGCAUCAACAAGGACUGCAAGAUGUUGCAACUUCCUGUGGAGAUUCUUAUGGAGAUCUUCUCGUGGUUUAGCGACGAGAUCACGCCUGAGACGUCUGGAUAUCACAAUAAGGCUUCGAGGGAAGGACGGCGAACAGAUCAAGAACAUGCCACACGCAGCCUCGCCCGGACCUGUGCGAUUUGGCGCUACUUACUUCUUGAACGUUGUUGGAAGGAAGUGAACCAUCGGCAGAUGUUCAGUAUGUUCAAAGCUUCUGAGCAUAUGAAGCCCGCUGUCUUUGCAGAGGGCUUGUAUUUUGCGAAGCACGUACGAACUUUGAGGAUAGAAUUCGUGAAAGAUAAUGCGAUAAAUGCGUUGCUCGUGGCUGCUUUGAAGGCAAUGACCAAUUUGCACACAUUCCAUCUUCUCUCGCCUGAGUAUUACUACGGCUCUACCGACUCUCAGUACACGACUCCGUUCAACGGGCAAGCAUUUCCUCAAGUACGAAACCUCAUUGUGCCGUUGUAUGCCCUGGAUAUCUUGAAAUGCUUCCCAAAAAUCACCAAGAUAAGUGCUGGGUGCUGGAACGAGGAUAUUAGGCCGUACAACGUACUUGGGAAACAUUGCAAGGAUAUCGAAGAAUUGGAGGGCUUCACCGCCACGGGAGUGACUGUUCGACGACUAGUUAGGCUGCUCCCAAAUCUUCGCUCCCUCAAGCUUGACCUUUUCUACUUUAGGCCUCUGUUCCUUGACCUCCUCCGUUCUUUAUCUUCUUUGAAGCAACUGAACCACAUCGGCAUUCGCACCCAUCACCAAGACUUCGAGAAGGUCAAGGCUGACCCAGACCUGGUUAAUGUCCUCAGGGUAGCGAAAGAGUCGCUGAAGGGGAAUAAGGCCACCGGGUCAAAGACAGUGGGUUUCUUUCAUGAACGAUGGGAUUAUAUACAAGCACGGGAUGUUAGAUGGGAUGAGACGAUCAUUGUCGGGCUGGAACACCAGUAA